AUGACAUUCUUUCGUGCUGCCGUUGUGUUACUCAUCCUGUGUGUGGUCAAAGAAGCAAUUGGGCAGUUUCCGUACCUUGGUAAAUGCCCGUCUCCAGAAGUGCAAGAAAACUUUGACAUGGAAAAAAGGUUAUCAACGAAGGCAAAAGCGCCAUUUUUAAAACUUCAUGGAAACUACUGGAUUCUGUCAACAGAUUAUGAUAACUAUGCGUUAGUAUGGUCUUGCAAUCACAUAUGGCUUACCUUCCAGUACGCCCGUACAGAAAAUUUAUGGAUUCUUUCCCGAAAGAGGACUUUACCAGAAGAAACCAUUAAAGAGCUACAUGCACUUUUAGAGGAAAAGAAGGACAUAAAAGCAAAAAAAUUGCUAAGGAAAGUCAAACAGGAGAAUUGCGAAUGAAAUUUCAUUGCUUUAAUAACAUUCAAAAUAAAUUCCACUGAGGAAACUGAAGCAAAAUGAAUGAAAUUUCAUUGCCUUACUAACACUGAAACAAUUCUCACUCUUUUGUAUUAGCAAUCAACAGUCUAAUGUUCAAUAAAUAGCUUUCAACUCGUUUACUGCCCUUUUUGUCUUCUAAGAAAGUCUUAAUAAUGGAUGAUUUAUUCACUUCCUCCUGUUGACAAUAAAAUCCAUUGUGAAA